UUACUUCACUUAUUUUAAAACGUGGCAAGUGUAUCUGGGCCCUCCUGCUCCUUCUGCCAAGUGUGGCCCUGGCCUGAGGGUUCAUCCACCCUCCUUCUUGUUCCAUGCAUAGAAAACAUAGGAGAAAAUAGGUCCCAUGCCUAGAAAGCACAGGUCUGAAAGGUUUUCAGUUUCUCCUGUGCUUUCUAGGCAUGGGUCAAAGCAGUUUUUUGUUUGCCCCACUGCUUUCCCCAGGAAAACCCACUGAAUUAGGAACAAAUGUCAAUCCUCAGAAAAACCAAUCGAUCUUUUCCCUGAUUCAGCUACAAACAGCAAGCAGAAGUGUGGGUGACCCCCAAGUGGGUCUGUGGGGCCGAGUCUGCCCUAAAGUGCUUCCCUGAUGGCAUUACGGAUAGGAGGAGGGGAAGAGUCAGGGGUCCAAAGCAUAAAAUGAAAAAGAAUUCAUUUUCUGCACCCUGAACAAAAUGGAUGUGGUGGAACGUUCAGACAAAGAUCAAAGCUAUCACUUAUUAACCAAUCAAUGGCAAAUUUAUGAUAGCUGAUAAAAAGACCUGUUCAGGAAAAACAUGGAUUUGUUUUAUACAGUUAUAAAUAUAUGCCAAAUGCCUGGUUUUUUCUUUUCAUUAUUGAAAAAGAGCAGUUUAUGUUUGGGGUGAGAUGAGGUGGUGAGCAAAUGGGUGUUUUGUUAGGAGGAGAGAAGAUGGAGGGGGAGAAGGAAGCUGAGCUCUCCCCGCAGAAGAAAAGAACAGUUGCUGGUUGUCGUCACAGCAGUACAAAGUGCACAGCCUUUGCCCCUCCAUAAGCAGGACAGGAGAAAGAACGGCUGGGGGAAGAAGAAGGAAAGGUAACCCCAGAAUUUUUCUUGAUCGACCACACCAUCUCCCUGCCCACAAGAGAAGCUAGUCUGGGGGCACUUGUUCCCCUCCUAAGUUCAUUCACAUCCUGCUGCCUCUCAUCUCAACAAAGCCACAGAUUCUUCCUCUAUCAUGGCCUCAUCCUCAUCCACGGAUGUGGGAGAAGAAGCCACAUGCCCCAUAUGCAUGGAGUAUCUGACAGACCCUGUGACCUUGGACUGUGGCCACAACUUCUGCCGGGACUGCAUUGUAAAGUAUUUUGACACAUGGGAACCAAUGCAGGUGGGGGACUUGGAGUGUCCCGUCUGCAAAGCCCGGAUGCAGAGAGGGAGUUUCCGCUCCAAUUGGCAGCUGGCCAAUAUAGUGGAAAAAAUAAAAUUCAUAUCACCAAAUAAAGGGGGAAAGGAUCUGUGUAAGAGACACAGGGAAAAACUCCACUUGUUCUGCAAAGAAGAUGAAGAAUUGGUGUGUUUCGUUUGUGAGCGAUCCCCAGAACAUAAAUCACACACUGUGGUUCUCAAGGAAGAGGUUGCCCAGGAAUACAAGACACUCAUCUGUGAUCGCCUGGAGGAUUUGAAGAGAGAGAGAGAGAAAAUUAUGGCUUAUGAAGCAGAAGUAGGAGAAGAAAGCAACAGCCUGCUUAAAUUAACAGAAAGUCAGAGGCAGGAUACACUGGAGAGGUUCAAACAAUUGCACCAGUUUCUGGAUGAACAAGAAAAGCGUCUGCUGAAUGAAAUAGAAGAGAUGGAGAAGGAGAUCACAAUAAGAAGGGAGGAGCACCUGGCUAGACUCUCAGAGGAACUCUCCUCUCUUGAAAGGAGCAUCUGGGAGAUGGAGGAGAAGAGUCAGCAGCCAGCGAGUGAACUCCUGCAGGAUAUUAGAAGAACUUUGCAGAGGUGUGAGCGAAGUGGGACAUCUGAAAAUCCACUCACUUUCUCACUAGAAUUGAAGAGGGAGAUCUCAAAAUUCAGGGCUGCUAAUCCUAUUCUAUAUGUUGGGAUGGAAAAAAUAAAAGAUGCUCUGUUAUCCGGACUGCUUCAGAAAGCAAAUGUCACUCUGGAUCCAGACACAGCCCAUCCCUGCCUCAUCCUGUCCGAGGAUCAGAAAAGCGUGAGAUGCGGAGACAAAGAGCAAGACUUGCCCAACAAACUUGAGAGAUUCAAUUCCUGGCCUUGUGUGUUGGGAUAUGAGGGAUUCACAGCAGGAAGACAUUUCUGGGAAGUCACUGUAAAUGAGGGAGAGAGGUGGACUUUGGGGGUCGCCAGGAAGUCUGUGCAGAGAAAGGGCUUCUUCCCCUUAAGGCCUGAGGGAGGGGUCUGGGUUGUGGGGAAGUGGUUUGGUGAGUACAGGGCCUUCACAUCCCCUGAUUACUUUCCUCUGUCCCUGAGUGAGGAGCCCAGGAGGAUCCGAGUGACUCUGGACUAUGAAGAGGGCUAUGUGUCUCUUUCUAAUGCUGACUCAGGGGCUGAACUCCACACAUUCUCAGGAGCCUUGUUCUUUGGGGAGACCCUCCUCCCUUUCUUUUGUCUGUGGGGAAAUGAAACCCACCUCAGGAUCUCCUGUUAAGAAUAGAAUUGAUGUCUUUGCAGAUGCCCUGUGAGAGGAGUCAUUCCAGCCACACUCGGAGGUAACAACAAAACAAAUAGGAAUUUUCUUUUCCCUUCCCUUUUCCAGAAUUUCCUAUGCAGUGGAGUCCUAUAAAGAGAGGGAAACACUUUAACCGUCCCAGUAAACAACCUAUUCCUCAAAAUGAUUCACCCGCCCCCCCCCCUGCAAUCCUGGUUCUGUUGUUCACCUUUUUCUCAUGACAAGACCUCUGCCAGCUGUUAAAAUGCCCACAUGAUGGCAUUGAUAGAUCACUGGAGAACAAUCCUUCCACCCACUUUGCAACUAAAGCUCAUAGCCUUGUGGAUCUCAGGCAGGAAGGAAAUAAGACUGUCUGUGUUAAGUUGUGGUGAGGCCCCAACUUCCAACCCUUUGCAAAUGCAGCCUCCCCAUCUCCACACUUCCUCAGAAAGAAAUCUCACUGAAUUCAGAGAUGAUGGGAGUUGUAGUCCAGCAACUUGGCUAU